AUGAAAUUGUUUACGAAUUUUGCUGCCGCUUACAGUGUCAAUUUGUCUCCCGGAUGGUCCGGCUGUAAAAUAUUGAUCCUCACGAACGUGAAGAUAACGUUGCUGUCGAGGUUAAACGUUGUGCCGGCGGGACUUGCACAACGCAUUGAUCAACGUUCGAUGAUGGCGUUCGACGUGCACUUAAACGUUUCCGAUUGCGGCCGGCCGAUGGACAGUGGCAUUCGAAUUUUUCUGAUCGCAUCCACAAGGCAGGAGCUCAUAGCCAUCGGCCGCUAA